AUGCUUACCGAAUUGGCGUUUUAUCCAUCACUGGGCUAUAACCUUCUUCGAAAUUAUUUACAACCGUCUUCAUGGAAAUGGUAUACUCGAAUUGAUGAUAUUGUCAUAAUUGGUGCUUUACCAUUUAAAAGUAUGGUAGAAGAACUUGAGAAGGAGAAUAUCGGUGGUGUUGUCUGCUGUACGGAGGAAUUUGAGACAAAUGCUGCUUGGGGUGCAAUGAAUGAAGAAGAUUGGAAAAAACAUGAUGUCGAAUUCUAUGCUCUACCUAUGCGGGAUUUUAACGGUUCGGCUUCUAGGAAUGACAUAGACCACGCUGUAAAAUUCGUUGAUAACAUUGGUAAUCGCGGAAAAUCUGUAUAUGUUCAUUGUAAAGCUGGUCGCACAAGAAGUGCUCUAUUAACAACAUGUUAUCUAAUGCGAAAAAAUGACUGGUUGCCGAAUGUUGCUUUUGAAUAUUUAAAGUCGAAGCGGCCACAUGUUUUACUAAAAGAAGCGCAGUGGCGAAGUGCGAAUGAAUAUCGACGAUUUCUGGAUCAUACGAAGCAAAAAUCUUCAAUAUAG